CAUUUAUCCUUAAAUUUCAUUUUUGCUCAUAAGAUAAUUUACCCUUGAGUCCUUUAGAAUUUCUCGGGUAUUACAGCUUUCAAGAUGAGAGAUGGGUUGUUUGAGUGGUUGGUCAUGCCUUUUGGACUAACCAAUGCACCAAGCACUUUCAUGAGACUAAUGGAUCAAGUAUUACACCCUUUCAUUGGUAAAUUCGUUGUGGUGUAUUUUGAUGAUAUUUUGAUAUACAGUAAGUCUAUUAAUGAGCAUGAGGGGCAUAUUUGGGAUGUGUUGAGUGUGUUGAGAGAAGACAAACUUUAUGCUAAUUUGAAGAAGUGUACUUUUAUGAGUGAGAGCUUGUUGUUCUUGGGCUUUGUUAUAAGCAAAUAUGGCAUAAAGGUAGAUGAGGAAAAAGUGCUAGCAAUUAGAGAGUGGCCAACCCCUAAAAAUGUCAGUGAUGUGUGAAGUUUCCAUGAGUUAACAACUUUCUAUAGGCAGUUUAUCAAACACUUUAGUAGUAUUGUGGCUCCAAUUACUGAGUGUUUAAAGAAAGGAAAGUUUCAUUGGGGUGAAGAAUAAGAGCAAAGUUUCGCCUUGAUAAAAGAGAAAUUAUGUACCACUCAUGUCUUAGCUUUGCCAAGCUUUGACAAAUUGUUUGAGGUUGAGUGUGAUGCGAGUGGAGUAGGUAUAGGUGUUGUGUUAUCCCAAGAGAAGAGAUCAAUUGCAUUUUUCAGUGAGAAGUUGUGUAAAGCUAGAAGAAAGUGGUCUACUUAUGAUAAGAAGUUUUAUGCAGUGGUGAGGGCUCUUAAGACAUGGGAACAAUAUUUGAUUGUCAAAGAAUUUGUUCUUUACAAGGAUCACCAAGCUCUUAAGUACUUAAGUAGCCAAAGGCAAUUGAGGAGUGAUAUGCAUGCUAGAUGGUUUGCUUUUAUUGAUAAAUUUCCAUAUAAAAUUGUGCAUAAGUCGGGACAACAUAAUCGAGUGGCGAACGCUUUGAGUAGGCAUGUGGAUUUGAUCAAGACCCUUAGUGUUGAGAUUGUUGGGUUUGAGUGCUUGAAAGAAUUAUAUUUGACAGAUGGGGAUUUCAAACAUGUGUGGGGACAAUGCAUAUCUCAGCAACCGUCAGGAGAUUUCUAUGUCCAUGAUGGGUUUCUCAUGAAGGGAAAUCAGUUGUGCAUCCCUUGCACAUCCCUUCGUGAGAAAAUUAUUCGGGAUUUGCAUGGUGGUGGCUUAGCAAGGCAUCUUGGCAGAGACAAGACUAUUGAAGCUGUUAUGGGAAGGUAUUAUUGGCCAAGAGCAAGGAGAGAUGUUUCUAUUAUUGUAGCGAGGUGUUAUAUAUGUCAAACAGCUAAGUGGCACUCUUCUAACGGCGGUCUCUACAUGCCAUUGCUUGUUCCCAAUGCUAUUUGGGAAGAUUUGUCUAUGGACUUCGUGUUGGGUCUACCGCGAACCCAACGAGGUAUGGAUUCUGUUUUUAUAGUGGUUGACAGGUUUUCCAAGAUGACACACUUUCUUCCAUGCAAGAAGACGGCAAAUGCAGUAGGUACAACCAAACUAUUUUUCAAGGAGAUUGUUAGACUACAUGGAGUCCCUAAAACUAUUACUUCUGAUCGUGAUACAAGAUUUUUGAGUCACUUCUGGAUUGCUUUGUGGGGAAUGUUUGAUUCAUCUUUGAAUUUUAGCAGCACAGCACAUCCCCAGACUGAUGGACAGACAGAGGUGGUGAAUCGUACUUUAGGAAAUCUAAUUCGUAGUGUUUGGUAAAAUUGAGUCACUUCUGGUUUGAGUGCUUGAAAGAAUUCUCUAUCGUACACAUGAAAGUUCCUAAUCAUGCAUUGGAUUUGGUAAAAUUGCCAAAGGUACUAGGUUUCAGUGUUGCAGCUAGUGACUUAGCCGAGUACGUUCAAGCAGUUCAGGAAGAUGUCAAGCAAAAGUUGCACGAGGUGAAUAAGAAGUACAAGGCAGCAACUGACAAGUAUAGGAAGCACAAGGUAUUUGCGGUUGGAGAUGAAGUCACGAUAUUCUUGAAGAAGGAACGGAUUCCAACAGGACAACAGCACAAGCUCAAGCCAAAGAAGUAUGGUCCUUACAAGAUUACAAAGAAGAUCAAUGAUAAUGCUUAUGUUGUGGAUUUGCCAAAUCAUAUGGGUAUUUCCAAAACAUUCAAUGUUGCUGAUCUUUCUUUGUAUUUGCCAGACGUUGAGUUGUCAUAUCUAGAUCAUAAUUCGAGGACGAAUUCUUCUCAAGUGGAGGUGAAUGAUGCGGUCACCAAUCAAGACCCGGCCCAAAGCCGACCCGACCAUGCCAGAACAAUAUUUUAAUACUUCUUAAGUUUUAGAAUUCUACUUCAUGUUUCUACUUGAUUUAGGAUUCUACUUUAUGUUGGAUUAGGAUUUUAUUUUUCUUAGGAUUUUAGUUGGAUUUUGUUUACAAAUAUUAGAUGGAUUUGGAUUAGCCAAAUACUAUAAUAUGCCUAGGAUCUAGAGUUUGUAAUCAAGUUUUCUCAAUCAAAUUUUAGCAAACUAUUUGGGUUUUCUUAGCAAAACAGUCUUGUUUUUGCGUCUUCUUGAAAGCCAAGCUUCGGCCAUUGAAGUUUGCUCUUUCAAGGGUUUAUUUUGGUGUGUUUUUUCACACACGCGCUACAUGUUGCAUCAUCUUCAGUUUAGAGAUGCUGGGAUGACCGAGAUGAGAGUGGAGGAGAUCUAGGGAAGCUACACUGGUGUAGGCUACCAGUGAACUAGGCGCAACAAGAUGAUAGUGGCCUUGUGACUCAUGCCCAACGCCAAUCAUCUGCCCUGUGCCCCGGUCCUACACAAACAGAAGUAGAGAUAAAGGUUAUUGAACAGUCUAGUUCUCUAGUAAACUGACUAAUAGCAAGCAAAUUAAAAUGACUACAUGGGACAUAAAGGAAAAAAUUUAAAGGGAUAAAGGAGGUAGGAGAGGUUUUCCCUAUCCCUUUAACUGGCAUUUUGGUACCAUCGGCAAGAGUGAUGGUUGGUAAAUGUUCAAAAAAUGUAAGUGUAGAGAAAAGAUUCUUAUUACCACACAUGUGAUCGAUGGUGCUAGAGUCCAAAAUCCAAGGCCCCAAUAGAAUGACUUUGAGUAACAUAAUCCAUAAGAUGAAUAGUAGAUGGCUGAGACGCCUGGAAUUUCAAGAAAGCCUCAUAAUCAAUAGCAAGUAGGGUUACCAGCAGAUGUUGAAACGGGCUCACCACGUGUAGGAGUGAUAUGACUGAGGUCAGACAUGUUGAGGACUGCAAAUUAGAUCUGAAAGGAGCAACAAGCAACAACAAAGGCUUGCUGAUUCCAUUGUUAUGUUGGACUGGCGUAUGGGAUAGAUGAUUGGCGUCAGGCGUGAGUCGCAAAGACUUUAUUAUCUUGCUAAGCCAUCUUCACCAACAACUUGUAUUUCUACUGAGUCUUCAACUCUUCUUCAUAAUCGGUUAGGACAUCUGAGUCUAUCCAAAUUGUGACUCGUGUCAACUUGGAAAAUAGUCUCGUAUUUUGUUUCCAAAGUGUGUCAAUAAUCAGGCUACAUCCCUUUUUAAACUUGUCCAUAGUGAUGUUUAGGGUCCUUGUCAUGUUCAUUCUGUUUUAGCUUUUCAGUACUUUGUCACUUUCAUCGAUAAUCACUCUCGAUGUACUUGGAUGUUCUUACUGAAAAAUCGUUCAGAGUUAUUUCCUAUCUUUUAGGACUUCUGUGAUGAAAUUCAAACUCAAAGCAAAUGGAUUCAAUAUCCAUGAAAUCAGGAAUGGUAAGUUGUCACGAAACAAGAGGAAGGCAGGAAGUAUGAGAAAUUUUGUUGUGGAUAUUAAGUAUAGAUUAGCUAUUUUCUUUCCAUUAUUAAUUAGAAACUUUUCCAUUUCCAGCUGGUAGUUUGUUAGGCUACUAUGCCAUGUGUAAAUGGGCUAGAAUAGGACAAAAGAAGCUAUUAGAAGAGAGAAGAUCUGCUGUGGUAGCACCUAUGGCUCCUAUACUAUGUUAGCCUCCUGGAAGAAAAUCAAUCAAUUAACCAAUUUCAGAUUCCCAUUUCCUGUAUCCUCUCUCUCCAAUUCUCUCUCUUUCUUCCUAUCCAAACCUCCCUCAUUUCUCACGGUUCUCUAGCGCCUGCUUCCAAUUCACACCAAGUUGGAAGUUCGGCUGUGGUCACAGCGCAACUGUGACAUUUGGUAUCAGAGCCUCGGUGCUGGCAAGAAGUAGUAAGAUCGCAGAAGAUGGCCAAAGGAACACGCAUGAAGAACAUGGAGUCGCAACUCUAGCAACUUAGCUCGACAGUGGGAGAAUUUCAGGAUCCGGUGGACCGCUUAGAAGUCAGUAACCAAAAAAAUCAUGAUGCGAUCAUGACAGUAGAUCGCAUGGGUGGAAGGAGGAUUUAUCCAAAUGAGAGAAGAUAUCAACCAGAUGAGGGAAGAGAUGGGUAAUCAGCUUCAACAGUUUAUGUUGAUGUUUACUCGCCAAAAUCAGGUUAGGCUGUCUCUCGAUUUUCCUCAGAGAAAUAGAAACGACCCUAUAUUAGAGAAUGAGAGGAUGAAUCCAAAAAAUAGAGCCCAUGAGAUUGUGGUCGAGUAAGGUGAUGACACUGAGGCGUUGUUAGGUGGGGAACGGGAAGACCUAACUGUACCUCCACCACAAGGGUUUCCCAUGCCUCGAAUGAAGAUACCCAUAUUUGAGGGGACCAAUCCUAGGUAGUGGGUUAGAAAGUGUGAAAGGUUGUUUGAUUGGUACAAUGUACCAGGAGAAAGAAGGGUUGCCUUAGCGGCAGCUUACUUUGAUAAUGGGGUGGAUGCAUGGUUCCAAGGUUGGACUCGGGGGCGAGAGCACUACACCUGGAGGGAGUUCUCUGAAUGGUUGUGUGAGAGGUUCGGGGAGAAGAGCAUGUUGGACACUAUUGAGGAAUUUAACAAACUUAGAGAGGUGGGUGAUGUUGGAACCUACUUAAGGAGAUUUGAGGAGCUGAGAUCUUUGAUGAGUAGCCAUGAUCCUCACCUAACGAAGGCAUAUUAUGUCUCUAGUUUCCUUAGUGGCCUGAGCGAAGAAAUGAGGCCUAUGAUAAAGAUGAUCAGGCCACGAACCUUGGAGCAAGCGGCUGAGAGUGUCAGGUUGCAAGAAAUGGUAGUUGAGGCACUGUUAAAGAAGCAGAAGGUGCAGCAACAAAGAACUACACAUGCGGGGAGUUGGCAGCAAAGAGGAAGCAGCAAAGAGGUCAACAAGGAGAUGGUGAGGAGUAAUGUUGGAGGAAGGAAUUUUGCUAAUUCCAACCUUAGAGGGAGGCCUAAUGAUCCUAGACGGCAACCCGGUUCCUGUUACAAAUGUGGGGAUAGAUAUUUUUCGGGGCACCAAUGCAAACGACAGCUGCUGUUAUUGGAGGGCCGAGAGGAAGAAGAAGUAGAAGGCGAAGAAGAAGUGGAAGUAAUCGGUGAAGAGGGAAUAGAGGAUAAUGGGGAGAUAUCUCUCCAUGCACUCAAAGGGAUCACCAAUAACAAGAUAAUCAAGGUGAAAGGCAAGACGAAGAGAGGCAACUUAUCAAUCCUAAUUGACAGCGGAAGCACCCGCAGCUUCCUCGACGAUGGCAUUGCCAAGAAACUGAAGUGUCAUCUCACUAAUACAAUGCCUCUGAGUGUCACAGUAGCUAAUGGAAACCGGGUAGUGAGUAACAUGGCCUGCCUGGGAUUCAUAUGGGAAAUGCAGGGGGAGAAGUUCGAGGCAAAUCUCAUGCUGCUAUAAUUAGGAGGGUGCGAUGUCGUUUUAGGGGUGGACUGGAUGAAGAAGGUGAGUCCCAUAUGCUUUGAUUUUAACCGUAUGAAGGUGACCUUUGAAAAGGAAGGGAGAAGAAUGACACUCACUAGUGGGAGAGAUGUAAUACCCGAGAAAUUCUAAAGGACUCAAGGGUAAAUUAUCUUAGGAGCAAAAAUGAAAUUUAAGGAUAAAUGAAGGGAAUAGUGGUAAUUUAUUACUGUAUGAAUGACCGAAUCGACUGGAGGGAGUGUCUUGCAGUCGAGCUGCCAAAGAAAAAUGAUGUGACAUUAACAAGCACCCCGAGAUAGGAUUUAUAGUGCCAAAAGAAAUCGGAUCGGGAACAGUUUUUGGUACAGCAAAAUGGCAACUGCCAAUUAGGCUGCAAUACCGAAUUGUUAUAGACGACUUCCGAGAAGUCAACGGAAGCUUGAAGAGACUUUGGUUUUUCAUAAGGAACAACCCUUCAUUGGUUUCAGGAAGAAACGAAGAGGUUUAGUUCCAAAACGAAGAUUCGGGUUUAAGUGUAAUUUCUUAAUUUUGUCGGAGGGAGGUCGAAAUGAUAUUUUUUCGGAAUCUUCAGGGAUGGAAUGAAAAGUAUAGAACUUAUAGGUCGCAAUGGCAGUAUUGGGAAGCUUAGGGGCGUCAAGGAAAGGACCAAAAGUUUAAAUGAGAAAAGAUAGGGGUCAAAGUGCAAUUUUCAAAAGUUGAAGAUAGAGCAAAUCUGCCAUGGCCGACCAAGCUUUCUCUACCACCUCCCAUCAUCGAAUUCGGUGGUGAGAGACUCGAGAAAAGUGGCCUAGGAUGCUCUUGGGUCGAGCUUAGGCCGACAUUGGCCAAGAUGAUGACCAAUUUUGCAUGAUUUUUGGCCGUUUUGUGGAUGAAAUUCCAAUAUGUUGAAUCCGUGUUUGGUGGCAUUUUUGGACUAAUCUGGGGCAGGUAAAAGCCUCAGGAAGGUUGGAUGGACCAACUAUGAGCAUUUGGAGGGUCGGGGUUGCCUAUAAAUAGAGGUUUUUGAAUUAGCCGAAUGGAGUGAAAAAUUAAACUCUCAGAUCCGAGAGUUUGGGCAAAAAUUGAGAGCAACGGAUAAGAGGCUUUUGUUCCCCAUGUCCAGAGGAUCAUUCUUGUGAAUUUUGAGCAAUUUUCGUUGAGAGAUGAAGGAGAAAUGGAGCUUCGCCAGAAAAUAGCUUCGAGCAGUCUGAAAAUGGCUCUUUUUGUGAGUUUUUUGGUAUCAUCUUGUAGAUGAUGAAAAGAGGAAGCCAUAGGUUCAAACGGGGGGUCAAUCGGAGGUCGGAUGAAGGAGAUAUGGCCAUUAAAUCGAAGGCAGUGCACCAGUCCAGCGAGCUGGAUGUUGAAGAAGAUUGGCGCAUGGGGCACACGCGCCAGCUGGGCCCCGCGAGUGGGGGCGCGUGGAGCACAUUGUUUGGGCGAGUGCGGGCGCGUCCGGGCUCAAAACAUUCUGAAAAAAAGUUCUAAAUUCCUCUAAAAUCGAGAUCUAGGUCAUGUAAAAAAAUAUUUGAAUUUGGAGUUCUAUAGGUCUCGAUUCUAGCAUCAAAGUGCCUUGUUUUGCGUGAAAACGGACCAUCCGGGUAAGUCCAGUAUUUUUCCCUUGAAGUUUAAAGUCUAUUAUGAAUUGUUGUGAAGAUAGAUUUGAGAAAAUAGUCUCGAUGUAUUUAUUAGGAUUUUCAGAAGGAAAAAUGAAAGAAAAUGAAGGAAAAUAGGAAAUAAAUGGAAUAUUGAGAAUAUUUAGUAAUAAAUGUCAUUUUUAUGUUGAGGUAAUCGAGAAGAUGUGAUUGAUACAACUUUUGAGAGUUGGCACGAAAAUUGAGGCGACGCACGUUUUUUGAGGAAUUUUGAACUUGUGCUAAAUGUGAGUAAUUUUAUCCAAAACAUGGUUUUUUGAGUUUUCCUAUCCUAACGAUGAUAUUGCGAGUGAUUUUCUCACAAGAACUUAUAUUCAUGAUAUGUUUGUUAUAUAUGCAUGUUGUUAUAAAUGUAAUAUUCAUUUUGGCAUAUUACAUGGAAAGUCGUGAAAGUUGCAUGACACGAUAUUAUUGUUACAUUGAUAUUUGUCCAUGGGAAUGGGAUGUCACCCCAGAGUGUAGCCGUAAUUCCCCUAGGGCAAUGAUGAAAUAACGUUAGGCUUAUCCUGUAGAGGUUCGGGAUUUGCCUAGGAUUUCGUGCCGGGCUGGUGGGCCUGAGAAGUUACAUUAAGGGCACAUGUUGAUUAUGUCUUGCAUCAUGCAUUCGUAUAUAUAUAUAUGUUUUGGACCCUCACUAGAAGUUUCAUCUUCUAAUGGGUUAUGCCCCUAGAACAUUCCAAGUUCUAGUUUUAGACUUGCAGUUAGGGUAAGGAGCAAGUUGAGAUAUGACGGCACCUGAUGGCGUGGUCGAUGAUUCAGCAAGCUGUCUCGGAGAUGUUUUAGCUGAUGCUUUAUUGAUGAUUAGCCUUGUUAGAAUAUUAUGGAUUCUUCAUGUUUUAAGGCUGUUAAAGAUAUGAUGUAAUAUAUGGUACGAAUUCUUUAUAAUAUAAUAUAAGCGAAUUGAUUAUGUACCAUAUCAGGUUUCGAUUUUAAGCUUCCGCAGUUAUGAUGAUUACCUGUCUUAAGUUAUUGAUUCUUAUUUAGUGUGUUGAGAAGGUAAAGCGGGAUUGUCGGGAGAUGGUUUAUAAAAAAAUAUAUAUAUAUAUUCUCGAAAUUCCUAAGUUAUUUAACGCUCAGAAAAGCGGGGCGUUACAGUUGGUAUCAGAGCAUAAUUGUUAAAGACAUAGGAAAUGUCUGAGCCUUGAGUGACUCUAGUAUGGUCGAUAUUAGAGCGAACCUAAGGAAAAGGUCGCACGUGGCUAGAUAAGCAAAGCCACCGUAAGAUUUGGGUAUUGAUGAUUACUGGAUAAGUGUUGUGUAGUGGAAGUGCAUGUCUAGGAAAGUUCUGGCUAAGGAAAGACUUGGUACUUAAGUGUGUUCGUUUGUGACCCACCUCUCUUUCCUGGGAACUUACUUGGUGUACUAUUCACGAGCAGACACUAUUUCAGUGGACGACUACUAUUCCUGGUGAAUAGUAGAAUGCCUGAUAGAAGCUAGCACAAGAUUAGUCUGAUGGCCUAGUUGUCAAGAUUAAGGAUCAAAGGAUAAGGAUUUUCAAGGAUCAUUUAGCAUCUCGAAAAUAUGAUGUAAGGAUAAGGGAUUCAUCGGAUUGGAUCGAACAAGAGGCCAAAUAUGGCCAAAUGAUGGCAUGUGAGCGCAUCAAUUAAUGAACUGAAGGUGGUGCAACCAAUGUGACUCGCGAAGACGAGAUAAAGAAACCCUAGCAGUGUGGCGACACAGCUGGAUGGGUGUUCACAGUGACAGAUCUGGAUCUAGGGACCAAGGUAGAGGGCUUGUAAUUAGCUUAUGAUCAAUGUACCAGAGAAGCUUAUAGGCUGUCUUGCGGUAUGGGUUUGGGACCCAAGAUUUAAGUUGCUUAGUGAACUGCUGAGGAGACAAUCAGAUGCUGAAAAUCUGGGGCAAAACAGUGGAGUUUGUACCUUGUAGAGAAUUCCAAGUUCUAAUGGUCUAGGAUGCGAGGUGUGCCGCUAGUUAUUGUUGAUAGAGCCGGAAGCCUAAGGAAUUAACCUAAGGUAAGAUGAGUUGAAUAUGGACCGAGUGUCCUAUUUAAAGGAUUACAUCGAGGUUCGUGGUCACCUUUGGGAAUGAUGAUACGACAAGCAAUGGGAGGCUCGAGGGCCUAGAAUGAAUAUUCUUGUAGAAGGAGUUGGACUCAUGGCAGCAACAAGGAAUGAUGGCUCUAAGAUGGCUACGACGAGACUGUGCAAUUUUCACCCAAGACGUACCCAUGUGAGGGUCAACGUAUGAUGUAGUGGUAAGCCUACUAGGUGAUCGGGGUGAUGAUGACAGCUUGUGUGCUGGUUGACGGUAAAUGUAGUGCAUAGGAAGAACUAAUUUAAUGGUCGGGUGCCGAUAGUCAACUGGAUCUGAAGAACGAAAUGCGAGAGUUAGUGAAUUCUUGGUAAAUAAGAUUUCAGGUAGUGAAACAUGGCUAGUCUAAAACCUUGAGUUGUGAGAUGGCAACCUCGGUUCAAGGUAGAGAUCGGGUACCAAAAAGGAAAGAAUUAAUUGAUCGGUCGUAUCGACCGAAAAAGAAAUGAUAAGGACCCUUAGUCAAUAGCGAUUGUGACUACGGUUCAGUGAGCCUAGGGAUUCAGGUAAAGUUGUCGGUAGUCAACCCGAUAAGGUGAAAUUGAUGAAUGGUAGAUUGAGAGCCAUGAUAGUUAAGGAAAUCGAGUUCACAAAAAGUGAUUAGAACCAGAUAUCGUAAAUCUGAUUCAGGAUUUUCGGAGAUAAAGUGAUUUGAGAUUCUUGAGGAAUUUCUUGAGGAUCUAGGGAUUCGUGAUGGAACUUUAGGGUUUCAUGAAGAAAUCCAGUAAGGAUUGGAUGACGGGAUCGAGGAAAUCAAGUGAUGGCAGAUGUGCCAAGAUGACGGGUCACAGUAGGGGAAGCUGCAGACCUAAGUCGAUUAAGCGAUCCAAGAUUUUCAAAUUUUAGAGAAUGGAACUCUCAUAUGGCUAAGACGGUUAGUCUAGCCUUGGUAAGUAAAUUGAGAGAUGUAUAGCUAGACAAUCAUUAAAAUGAUGUCAACAAGUUAUGAAAAUGAUGAGCCUAUUGUUAUGAGGUAUAGAAAAGCUGUAGGAAAAAUGGAAAAUAACCAAGAUAUUUUCUCAGAAGAUUUAAUGUGAUUAUUUCUUAAUGAUGAAACUACCAAUAAUAGCUUGAGGAUAUUGGAUGCUUAGCCAUGUGUGACUUGAUUAAGGAUGCGAAUUAUCAUGUGAUAAUUAAGAGCUGAUGUUUUCAUCUCGAUUUGAUGAAUUAUUAAAACAACUACAAGAGGCUAAGAUACUUAAUGAUCAAUAUACAAUCAGAGGUAAGACAAGAGAAUGGAACGUUAAAGCAUCCAAAGCAUAAUAUACAUUCCAUAUGUCCAAACGAUUACAAGAAAUCAAGCUGUACAAUUACUCAAAGGAAAAAAGAAACCAUAAAACUGAUGAUGAUGUCGAUGCUUAAUAACGACGACAGUUGCCAAACACGAUAGAUCCCAGCUCAUCGAUAUCAUCUGGGGGUAGCAUUUGGCUACUACUGGCUUCACUAGGGUAAGGUGGAAGAGCAGCCUUUGAGAAACUGGGAUGAGGGGCAUCCUCCGGGAUGAUAGGAAGAUCGAAAUUCCAGCUUGGGUCUUGAACAGGUUGAGGAAUAGGUUGGGGAUGUGAAGAAUAAUAUGCAAAUAGUAAAUCCUGCAAGUAAGCUCGAUAAGCUUGCAACUCAUUAACCUGCUGCUGAAGGGAAAGAAUAUGAGAUACACAGCCAUAGACAAGAUCUUGAAGCCGGGCUUGAGCUUCAAAGAGGAGUGUGUUGGAAGCCCAAUAUCGGUCGCUGACCGGAAGCGGAGCUAGGAAGUUGACAACAUUCUUGACAGUAAAAACAUCAUGGAUGGCGACAAAAUGAGCAAUACCAUCCUCACAAUGGAAGUUAGGAGUAAAGAUGCACUGUGAAUUGCAUCCUCUAUUUAAGAAUACGCAGGCACCGCAUUGAGACCGGGGCCUUGGAUUGUUGCCCCAUGGCAUGUUGUGCCUUGGCAUGACAUAUCUGGGAUCUGGCUAAGUCUAAACAAAAUCAGAUAUGGGUCGGAUCUAAGUGGAUAGGUCAAAACAGAUAUGGGUCAGAUCUAAUGGGUCAAAUCAAGAAUGGGUCAAACCUGAAGCGUAUCGAUGUCGGGUCGGGUCAGGUUGAGUCGGGUCGGGUCGGAUCGACCCAGAUCUGGCAGCAACGACGAUGGCGCGGUGGCGGCUGAGGGAGGCCGGGCGAUGGCCAGCAGUUGCAUGGUGGAGCAAGCGGCGACGACGGCGUGCCGGAUCUGGCUGACGCGAGGGCCGAUUGGGCCGGAGAUGAUGGCGGGGAAGAGCUACGAUCGGCAGCUGGGGCACAGAGAAGCCGCACGGUGGCUCGCGGCCGAUGGCGGAGCAGGCGCCUGCGGUGGUUGUAGAGGGGGUAGCGGCGACCAACAGAGGUGGUGGCGAUGCUGGAAGGCGGCGACGACGGUUCGCGCGCAGGGUCGGUGCAUUGCAGAGGAAGAAGAAGAAGGGGAAGAAAAGAAGAAAAGAAGAAAAGAAAAAAAAUAAGAAAAAAAAUAAAAAAAAGAAAUAGAAAAAUGAAAAGAAAAAAAGAAAAGAAAUGAAAAAAAAAAGAAAAGAAAUGAAAAAAAAAGGGGAAAGGAAAAAUAAUCUUCUUUUCUUUAUGGGAAAAACGUGUUUUAUUAUUCCGGAGAUUUUGGCAAAAAAAAAUAAAAUUAUCCAGAUACGCAAAAGUUGAGUUCGGGGCUUUUCGGAUAUUUAUAGUCCCGACCCUAUGUUUUAAAACAUGGAGCAACGUAGGGUUCGAAAUGAAAUUUAUGCAAGUCAAAUUUUGAAAUAGAAUGCUAAGAUGUUUCAAAUUAAGAUGUUUUGGCAAGCUUUUGUCAAAAAGUCGUGAUUGGACACUUUGGAAUAAUUAUGUCUAUAAUAGGACUCGUGAGAAGAGUCUAAUGAGAAUGAUCUGCCGGGUGCAGUGAGAGUUUGUGAUAGCUUAAAGGAUCGGGUUGCGUGUUAAUGUAACAUGACCUAAUGAUUACGUGUGGAUUACACCAAGACACAAAGAAAACUACUUGGUGUAUAACCUGUAGCUAGUAGAUGUGGUAUGUACUCUCGAGGCUAUGGAGACACUAUCGAAAUGAUAGGACAUUUGAUGUGCUCACGAACCACAAGGAGCCUAAAGUAUGGGUUCUUGCAGAAAGAGCUAAACGAGAGGUAGUGACGGUGGAUGAAGUUCCUUGAGGACUACAACUACACUACUUUGUAUCACUCGGGGUGUGGCAAAGAAGUGCUUAAUGCAUGACCUGGGUGGAUAGUUGUGAGUGUCAGAUGUUGGAGGCUUGUUGGCCUGCUGACUAUGAGUAUAGUGCCAAAAGGAUUGUCUGUUUUUAACGCUAGGCUGGUUGUUUAGCUGGAUUUGAUGAACGAGAUACGAAAUGCAUGUGUGAUUGAUCAUUGUGGUUAGCUUAAGGGUUAUGAUUUUUGAGAUGCAAGAUGGCAUUCUUAAAAGUUUCGGGGUAGGAUGUGUGUGCCUAGGAUGUGGGAAGAUAUGUGGUCGUCUGUAAAGAGACACAACAGGAAAUUAUGUAAAUGACACGGCAUGCUUGUAAGCAUUGGACGUGUAAGAAAUGCAAACUGAAGUAUUUGUCAAGGACCAAAUGGACGUUUGAUUUGAAGUAUUCGGGUAAUAAGCUGUGUAUUGUCUUAGUUAUCUGAAUGGUCAGAUGAAAAUUUUGAGGCCGAAAUUUCUUUAAGGAGGGGUGAAUCUAAUACCCGAGAAAUUCUAAAGGACUCAAGGGUAAAUUAUCUUAGGAGCAAAAAUGAAAUUUAAGGAUAAAUGAAGGGUAUAAUGGUAAUUUAUUACCGUAUGAAUGACCGAAUCGACUGGAGGGAGUGUCCUGCAGUCGAGGUGCCAAAGAAAAAUGAUGUGACAUUAACAAGCACCUUGAGAUAGGAUUUAUGGUGCCAAAAGAAAUCGGAUCGGGAAGAUUUUCGGUACAGCAAAAUGGCAACUGCCAAUUAGGUCGCAAUACCGAAUUGUUAUAGACGACUUCCGAGAAGUCAACGGAAGCUUGAAGAGGCUUCGAUUUUUCAUAAGGAACAACCAUUCAGUGGUUUUAGGAAGAAACGAAGAGGUUUAGGGCCAAAACGAAGAUUCGGGCCUAAGUGUAAUUUCUUAAUUUUGCCGGAGGGAGGUCGAAAUGAUAUUUUUUCAGAAUCUUCGGGGAUGCAAUGAAAAGUAUAGAACUUAUAGGUCGCAAUGGCAGUAUUGGGAAGCUUAGGGGCGUCAAGGAAAUGACCAAAAGUUUAAAUGAGAAAAGAUAGGGGUCAAAGUGCAAUUUUCAAAAGUUGAAGAUAGAGCAAAUCUGCCAUGGCCGACCACGCUUUCUCUACCACCUCCCAUCACCGAAUUCGGUGGUGAGAGACUCGAGGAAAGUGGCCUAGGAUGCUCUUGGGUCGAGCUUAGGCCGACAUUGGCCAAGAUGAUGACCAAUUUUGCAUGAUUUUCGGCCGUUUUGUGGAUGAAAUUCCAAUAUGUUGAAUCCGUGUUUGGUGGCGUUUUUGGACUAAUCUGGGGCAGGUAGAAGCCUCAAGGAGGUUGGAUGGACCAACUAUGAGCAUUUGGAGGGUCGGGGUUGCCUAUAAAUAGAGGUUUUUGAAUUAGCCGAAUGGAGUGAAAAAUUAAACUCUCAGAUCCAAGAGUUUGGGAAAAAAUUGAGAGCAACGGAUAAGAGGCUUUUGUUCUCCAUGUCCAGAGGAUCAUUCUUGUGAAUUUUGAGCAAUUUUCGUUGAGAGAUGAAGGAGAAAUGGAGCUUCGUCGGAAAAACGAGCUUUGCCAGAAAAUAGCUUUGAGCAGUCUGAAAAUGGCUCUUUUUGUGGGAUUUUUUGGUAUCAUCUUGUAGAUGAUGAAAAGAGGAAGCCAUAGGUUCAGACGGGGGUUCAAUCGGAGGUCGAAUGAAAGAGAUAUGACCAUUAAACCAAAGGCAGCGCACCAGUCCGGCGAGCUGGCCCUGCGAGUGGGGGAGCAUGGAGCACAUUGUUUGGGCGAGUGCGGGCGCGUCCGGGCUCCAAAAAUUCUGAAAAAAAGUUCUAAAUUCCUCUAAAAUCGAGAUCUAGGUCCUGUAAAAAAAUAUUUGAAUUUUGAGUUCUACAGGUCUUGAUUCUUGCAUCAAAGUGCCUCGUUUUGCGUGAAAACGGACCAUUCGGGUAAGUCCAGUAUUUUUCCUUUAAAGUUUAAAGUCUAUUAUGAAUUGUUGUGAAGAUAGAUUUGAGAAAAUAGUCUCGAUGUAUUUAUUGGGAUUUUCAGAAGGAAAAAUGAAAGAAAAUGAAGGAAAAUAGGAAAUAAAUAGAAUAUUGAGGAUAUUUAGUAAUAAAUGUCAUUUUUAUGUUGAGGUAAUCGAGAUGAUAUGAUUGGUACAACUUUUGAGAGUUGACACGAAAAUCGAGGCGAUGCACGUUUUUCGAGAAAGUUCGAACUUGUACUAAAGGAGGUGAGAUUUUGACAGUCCCUAACAAAUCAUCUUUGGAAGACAACCAGACUCGCUGAUCAUAUUUCACAGUGGGUGAAUAAUUAAGAAGAUGGGACGAAGAAAGAAGAAGGCAUGUUUCUGGGAAGAUGUUAGUUUAUAAGAGGGGCAUUCAAAGAGACGCUGAAGACCAGCAAGCCGAGGAUACCACCAGUUUUGACAUUACAUGAGAUCGCUCAGAAGCAGGUAAUUGCUAUUUUUUUUUGGGUAACGUCCCAUCACGACCAUCUUUCACCAAUUGACCCCAGGGUAGAGUAAAGGAAAUAAAUAAGGUAGCAAUUCGCAGUGAACCUGUCCAGAAAGGGCACCUGGAAGGCUACCAAUUAUGUAAUAGUAAUUGGAGUUCAAUUGAUUGUUAAUCAUGAAAUGGAAUAGCUGCUCAUGUAGCCAUAUUAUAACCAAGACGUUAUGAUGGUUUUUAGAAAUCUGAAUGGCACAAUCACAAGAAGACCAUUUCGUUUGGAACCCUGCUUCACCAGGAGUUAUUUAUCAAUGGGUCAUAUCUAUUCAAUUACCAAAAAGACAGCUUUGAGAUUGAUCUUUGAGAGAGAGUAUAUUCUCAGCUACAGUGUCAGGAAGCCUUUUGUUUCAGAUAUAGGCGAUAGACAGUAUAUAAGAUCUUCUCUCCUACAUUUCUGCACAAGUAGUAGUAAGACAGAAAGCAUUUGUUGGGAAGGAUCAUCUCACAUAGUUCUGCUCAGAAAGCUUGAAGUUUCUCUUAGAGAGCAUCAAUUUGACGAGGCAUGGGAAGCUUAUAAUGAUUUCAGAAAUUUGUAUGGUUCUCCAAGCAAGUCUGUCUUGAAUAGAUUGAUAAUUGAGCUGUCAUACUCAUCUGAUCCUCAGUGGCUUCAGAAGGCAUGUGAUUUAGUUUUCUUAACAAUUAAAGAUAAAUCUAAUUUGCUUCAGUCUGACUUCCUAUCUAAACUCUCCCUGUCCUUGGCAAGAGCUCAAAUGCCUGUUCCCACAUCCAAGAUUCUCAGGCUGAUGCUGGAGAAAGGCAGUUUGCCUCCGUUGAAUAUACUGGGACUGGUUAUUCUGCAUAUGGUGAAGACAGAGAUUGGGACACAUCUUGCUUCCAAUAUAUUGAUUGAGCUUUGUAAUCGUAUUCAAUAUUUAAGUGCAAAUAAAUUUGUUUCUGCAAAGAUUAGGAAACCCAAUACAAUGAUUUUUAACCUCGUUCUGGAUGCUUGUUUGAGGUUUAGGUCACCUUUGAAGGGCCAACAGAUUGUAGAACUUUUGGCACAAACUGGUGUCAUAGCAGAUGCACAUACCAUUGUUAUCAUCUCUCAGAUGCAUGAGAUGAAUGGCCAGAGGGAUGAAUUAAAGAAAUAUAAGGAUUUUAUUGAUCAGGUUUCAAAUAGUCUGCUUUACCAUUACAGGCAGUUCUAUGAUUGUUUGCUAGGCUUACAUUUUAGAUUUAAUGAUGUUGAUGCUGCUUCAGAACUCAUUUUGGAUAUGUGCCGAUUUGGGGAAUCUUGUCAUGGUCAAAAAGAUUGGAAGGAGCCUCAGAAGCCUUGUCUUGUCCCGAUUGGAUCUCACAAUCUGAGCACAGGGUUGAGAAUACAGAUAUUACCGGAGCAGCUGCAGAAGGAUUCUGCCCUCAAAGUGGAAACUAGGGAGGAGUUUAUUAUGUAUAAACAUGGGAAAGUUCUCCUUAGUAACAAAGGAAUAGCCAAGCUUGUCCUCCAGUAUAAUAGAUGCGGGAGGAUUAGUGACCUGUCAAAGCUAUUGAUUAAUAUUAAGAAUGAGGUGGGCUCACUAGAAGAAAGUUUGUGUUCUGAUGUGAUUGAUGUCUGCCUUAGCUUGGGGUGGCUGGAGAAUGCUCAUGACAUCCUGGAUGACAUGGAGUUGGCAGGAUCUUCUGUGGAUACCAAUUUGUAUACAGUGCUAUUGAGGGCUUACAACGAAAGAAAGAUGUUUAGGGAAGCAGAGGCACUGCUAAAACAAAUCAGGAAAGCUGGUUUGGAUGUAAAAUGGUUUGAUAAAAGAGAAGAUACAACCACUUUGUCUUCAAAAAGAAUAACUUCAAGUAGAAGGUUAGAUUUGAUGAAGUGUGUCAUCCAAGAAAUGGAAGAAGAGGAUAAAGCCGUGCCUUCUGUGGUUUAUGAGUUAAAUUCUUCCAUCUACUUUUUCUGGAAAGCUAAAAUGACAGAGGAUGCUUUAAGGACGUAUAGAAAGAUGGAACAAAUGAAAAUCCAUCCUACUCUGCAAACCUUUUUUAAUAUGAUUUCUGGGUGUUCUUCUCUAGAACUGUAUCGUGAAAUUACUACCUUAUGGGGGGACAUGAAGAGGAAAAUGGAGAAUGGAAGUCUUUGGGUUGACAGAGAUGUGUACGAGUUCUUAGUAUUGAGUUUUAUUCGUGGUGGUUAUUUUGGAACAGUGAUGGAAGUUGUUGGUUAUAUGAAGGAACGGAAUUUGUACAUUGACAAAUGGAUGUUUAAGCUUGAGUUCCUAAAGUUUCAUAAAGAUCUGUACAGGAGUUUAAAAGCAUCUAAUGCUAUAACUGAGGCUCAAAGCAAGAGAAUUGGACAUGUUCGAGCAUUUAGGAAGUGGAUUGGGAUACACUGAAGCUCAUUCAAAAGUUUUCUGGUUUGUGGCUUGUUCCAAGCCUAGGUUCUUUACUUUUGACCUUUGACGUCGUUAUCUCAAUUUUAACCAUGUAAAUACAGCCUGAUUUAUGUAGAGACCCUGUUAACUAUCGAACAAGGUGUUCCAUUGAUAAACCCUACAAAAUUUUUCGGAGCUUGAUUCUAUGUUUUUUCUUCUGUUGAUUGCCUAACUACCCAAAGUCUCCCGAUAAUACACAUAAAUAUUCGUUCGCGUACAUUAUGAUGUUUGCCAAAUUGGAAUGUGGUCCUAGUUUGAUUGCUCUGAUUU